AUGUCAAACUUUUCCACCAAUGGCGCCAAAGAGCUACGCAAACCUUCUGCUGGAGGUGGCCCUGGACUUCGAGCCACGCUGGACGAUCCGCAGGACGCACGGAGGAGGCACACAGCGGACGUCGCGCUCUUGUUUUGCGGCUUCAACACCAUGGAGCCGGCCUUCGGGGAGGUGAACCAGCUCGGCGGCGUGUUUGUGAACGGGAGGCCGCUGCCCAACGCCAUUAGGCUGAGGAUCGUGGAGCUCGCUCAGCUCGGGAUUCGUCCAUGUGACAUCAGCCGCCAGCUCCGCGUCUCUCACGGCUGCGUCAGCAAGAUCCUGGCGCGCUACAACGAGACCGGCUCCAUCCUGCCCGGAGCCAUCGGCGGGAGCAAACCACGCGUGACCACCCCGACCGUGGUCAAACACAUACGGACGUACAAGCAGCGGGACCCGGGCAUUUUUGCCUGGGAAAUCCGGGACCGGCUGCUAGCGGACGGCGUCUGUGACAAGUUCAACCUCCCGUCCGUGAGCUCCAUCAGCCGCAUCCUGCGCAACAAGAUCGGGAACCUGUCCCAGCAGAGUCACUACGAGUCCGGGAAGAGCUCACACCCGCCCCCGCAGCCCGCGCUCCCCUACAACCACUUAUACACGUACCCCAGCUCCAAGGUGCCCACGCCCCCCAUGGCGGCUCUGCCCGGACACAUGGCCAUGCAUCGGAUAUGGCCCUCGUCGCACUCCGUCACUGACAUUCUGGGCAUCCGCUCCAUCACCGAGCAGCAAAAUGCAGAGUGGUUUGCCCAGCACAGCGAGCAGCUAUGUCACGGCGGGCCUCCCUCCUUACCCCCCUCCCACCCCAGUGUGUCCCUACACGGGGUUCAGCGGCAGCAGCUCGGCCUCUGUGACAUCACCACGCCCUUCGCCUUCAAGAGCCUCAACCCGCCGCGAGACGUCUACCCGGCCACCGCCUUCGUCCUCUAA